AUGUGGGAUCUGCUCCAAGUGUUCCAUGGUUCUGUAGCUGAGCAAAGAGGAAGGAGAAAUGCUGAUGACGUGACAUCUCAAGAAGGCAGCAAAAAGAGAAGUGAUGGGACAAGCAAGACGAGUGCCAUGCAAGGCACUGUGCUGAGAAUGUGGCUUGGGAUCACAGUUCUGAUUUCUCUUGCUCUGUGUUUGGCUGUGGAGGAAGCAACUUCUGAUGAAGGAACCCCUUGCUCAAAGUACCAGGUAGCUUUCAACCGCUCAUGCUAUGAGUUUGUCAGACUCCAACGUACCUUUGCAAGUGCCCAGAGCUGGUGUGAGAGAAGAGGAGGGCACCUGGUCUUUAUUGAAAAUGAGGAAACUCAAGAGUUCUUACAAAAACAUAUUGCUGAGGAUCAGGAAUGGUGGAUAGGACUGACCUCAGACUCCUUGCUGAACGAAACUUCUGACGGGUCAAUGAUUUGGCUGGACACUUCAAUUAUAAGCUACAGUAACUGGUACAAGGAUCAGCCAUCUCCCUUCUCAUCCACAUGUGGGUACAUCCUGAAGAAUGCCAAGUAUCAGUGGGGUGUGGCUGAAAACUGCAGCCAGGAAUUCGACUUCAUUUGUGAGUUUGAGUCUGGCCAGAGCAUUGCUUGUGAUAAUUACAAUGCCACUGUACAGUGUGGGUCAGGAGAAGUUAUUCAAAUUGGAGAGAGCUUCUAUGGACGGAAGACCCCCCACUACUGUGUAUCGGAGACUCCUCUCCAGUAUGAUGCAGAUGAAGACUGUAGCUGGAUCAGUGUCAAAGAUGAAGUAGCAGGCCAGUGUCAUGGUCUUCAGGCCUGCCAGGUGGCAGCAGAUGGCACUUUCUUUGGAGAUCCUUGUCCAGCUUCCAGAAGCUAUUUGUCCGUUCAAUAUCACUGCAAGGAAGGUCUGCAGCUGAUUGUAACAGACACAUGCUUUGUCUUCGAAAAUAUCACAGUUAGUUUGACCUGGCUGCUCUCUCCAUACUCUGGCAACCUUUCCUGCAUCAUUAGCACUGGGGAUGGACACACCAUUGAUCCUUACUACCCUCUAACGCUGGUCAGCAACGUCACAUACAGAUAUUCAUCUCCUGGAGAGUUCACUGUCUUUGUGGAAUGCACCACCAGUGAAUGGCAUGUGAUGGCGCAGAAGCGGGUGACUGUUCAAGAUAAGAUGGAUCAACUAAGCAUUACUGGGUGCUACAGCCAGUAUGAAUCUGGGAACAGCUCUCACUGCAGUACACUGUAUGGGGAGUUGUUGUGGAUUCAAGUUGAACUCAGUGGAGGCAGUGGAGUGACCUACAUUAUACUGGCAGAUAACAUGACACUCACUCAAUCCAGUGCAAAGGAAGGAGUUAUGCCUCACAAUCUGACACUCGACAGCACCUCUCAAGAGCUGCUAGGCCCAGGGAUACAUCAGCUGGAAAUCAAAGCAUCCAGCAACACAACCGCAUCGGAGAUCUCUGAGAGCAUCACUGUUCACCUCAUUGAGCCAGUAUCUGGUCUUCAGGCUGCAGUAGUUUCUCACACUCUGCAGCUGGGGGAGGAUUUGGAGGUGAAUGUCUCUGUGUCUCAUGGUGCCCCAGAUAAGCUGAAGUUUGAGGUGAUUGGAUCUAAUGAAACUCACUGUCACAAAGAAGAUGGUCCUCACAGGGGACCUAGGACGUACAUCAUUCCCAUGCGCUCUGAAGGUACUUUCCUAGUGAAAGUGGUGGCCAUCAACGCCUUCUCAAACAUGAGUCUGGAUCUCGGGUUCAUCACUGUGUUGGCAAACAGUUCUCAUAAAAAAGGUAAUUGCAUUAAUCUGGAUCACAAAAGAAAAAACAAAAUACAUAUUAGACCAAGGCGCCAUGUGGAUCCUUUCACAACUGUUACACUUGGCUGGCCAGACAACAACAGUAAUUCCAGUUUUCUUUGGUCUUGUGGAGUUUGCUGGCCUGCAUGGAACCAAUGUGUGCAGCAACAGAUAAUCCUAACCCACCAAAGUGAGGUGCAAAUCCCACCUUCCUGCCUUCCGCCUCCAAAGUCAGCAGUGACUGUCAGGGUUACAGUCCAGAACCAUGGCAAUGAAGAGGGGCAGGAUGAGCAAUGUCUCUAUGUGACUGCAAAACAAGGACUGCAACUGGAAAUCAGGUGUGAGGCAAACUGCAAGCCAGUGAAUGCUAGUGAGGAUGUUGUUUUGAGUGUCUCUGGACAGCAGGACUUCCAGGCCAUAUACUAUAACUGGUAUUUAGAUAACACAUUCCAAGCCAAGCCUAUGAUCCUCCCUCCAGCCUGUGGCCUGACUGGUUUCUGGCAGAACUCUUUGAAUUUGCUUCAAAGCAACACAUCCUUGUUGAGAAUAAACAGCUCCUUCUUGCAGACACAGGGAGAAGCUUUUCAGAUUAAAGUAACAGCAAUGACUCAGCAUGGCUAUGGGGAGGAAACGUACCUUGUCAGCACCGUGCCUCCGCCCCAGAUCCCCACUUGUGCCGUGUCUCCCAAGCAGGGAUCGGUGCUCACCACGUUCGCAGUCUCCUGCAGUGCUCCUUGCUUGCCAGGUUCAUGCCAACCCAGUCACAACAGGCAGCUCACAUACUGCUUCUACCUGAAACCAAAUUCUCUCCUGGACUGUGGCCCGGAUCCUGAACUCUUCCCAGUUUUUCUUCCACUUGGAGAAGAGGAAAAUGAUUUCAUUUUACACAUGACAAUUACUGUUAGCAAUGUCUUUGGUGAUACAGUUCAAACUAGUGCUUCAGUGAAGGUUGGACACGCAGAUGUGAUCGAUGGCAACCUGACCCUGCAAGCUAUUGUAUCUGAGAAGGCCAACACCAUCCUGAAAGACAGCAACAACAGCAUGAGUCUUUUCCAGCUGUAUAAAUCAGUGACCUCUGUCCUUAACCAGGAGACCCAAGAGGAAAGCUUUAACGUAUCUUUACAGACAAACACACGAAAAGAGCUCCGAGGGCUGAUGCUGACAACUCUCUCUGCUGUUAAUGUGACAUCAAUGCAGACUGCUCUUAAGAUGUCAGAAGUAUUGAAAGAAAUCACUUACAAGAGUGAAGAGCUGUCUGUCUCAGCACAAGUAGAAGCAAGCAACACUCUGAAAGAUGUCAGUGCUUCCUUGCUCACUGUAAACACAGAGGGCAGUAGAGAUGAUCAGAAGCUAAAGGAUGCAGCCAAUUACCUAUUUAAUGCAGUGAGCAACGUUCUUAAAGCUUCUGUAGGAAAGAGAGCUGUGAACACUUCUGUGUCAGAGGCAGAACAGAGUUCAGUGUCUCAGCAGCUUCUGAAUACAGUUGAAAAUCUGCAGAGUGCCCUCCUGUUUGGGAAGGAACCAGAUGAUGAACCAACAGUCCUUACCACUCCCUCUGCCACAAUGUAUACACACAGAUUACAAACAGAAAACAUGGAUCGCACAUCCAUUAAUAUCUCCAAUUCCAGCUCUGCCAGCUUUACUCUCCCAUCUGCUUCCUCUCUCAGUGUUUCAGGAGUUGAUGAUGAGACAGUGGAUAUAAGGAUGGUGAGCUUUGCCGUGAAUCCCUUUUUCUCCAGUGACACCAGUUUUGACAUUAGUGGAACAGUGGGAGGUCUGAGUCUAACUGGUCUGGAUGGCUUAAUGAUACCAGUCAGCAAUCUCAAAGAGAACAUUGAGAUAAUGUUACCAAGGCUUUCAGCAACUCAGGAAGAUAAGAUUCUGUUGAAUGUGGGCAAUUUUAGCACAUUCCAAGUCAAUGUUACCUCAGAAAACACAUCUGUAGUGAUCCACCUGGAAUCUGAACGUGACAUUCCACUAAUACUCUACUUAGGGUAUGGUUAUCGUCCAAAUGAAACUAACUACAAUAUGAAAAAUCAUCUGGUUCCAGUCUCUAGCAGUGAGACAAAUGCCUGGGUUCUUAGCCCAGAAGAACUAAUUUUUGGAGAGGGAACCUACUACUUCAUGGUUUUACAAGAUCUGGGAGUGGAUUCCACAGCCUAUGACAGGCUAACUAUAGCUGUCACUUGCUUUGCAUCCCGCUGUGUAUUUUGGGAUGAACACCAGGGGAACUGGAACAGCUAUGGAUGUCAUGUAGGACCAAAAACAAAUCCUAGAAGCACACAGUGCCUCUGCAACCAUCUGACUUUCUUCGGGAGCUCCUUUUUCGUCAUACCCAAUGCCAUAGAUGUUAGCAAAACUGCACAGCUUUUUGGUACAUUUGUGGACAACCCUGUGGUGGUGACAACUGUAGGAUGCGUACUUCUGAUGUACGUGCUUGUAGUUAUUUGGGCUAGAAGGAAAGACAUCCAGGAUGAUGCCAAAGUGAAAAUCACAGUACUGGAAGACAACGACCCCUUUGCUCAGUAUCGUUAUCUUGUGACAGUUUUUACAGGACACCGCCGUGGGGCAGCCACAACCUCCAAGGUGACUCUUACCCUCUAUGGACUGGAAGGAGAGAGUGAGCCACACCAUCUAACUGAUCCUGAUACACCAGUCUUUGAACGUGGAGGAGUGGAUGUUUUCCUGCUCUGUACCUUCUUCCCUCUUGGGGAACUAGAGAGUAUUAGACUGUGGCAUGAUAAUUCAGGGGACAGUCCAUCCUGGUACGUGAAUCGAGUAUUGGUCCAUGAUCUGGCAUGCGAUCAGAAAUGGUACUUCCUCUGUAACUCUUGGCUAGCUGUUGAUAUUGGAGAAUGUGUCCUAGAUAAAGUGUUCCCAGUGGCUACAGAACAGGACAUGAAACAGUUCAGCAAUCUGUUUUUCAUGAAGACCUCCAAGGGUUUCCAGGACGGGCACAUCUGGUACUCAGUUUUCAGCCGCUCCCCACGCAGCUCCUUCACACGGGCCCAGCGUGUGUCAUGUUGCUUCUCACUGCUACUCUGCACCAUGCUGACCAGCAUCAUGUUCUGGGGAGUGCCAAAGGACCCAGCUGAGCAGAAAAUGGAUUUGGGAAAGAUCGAGUUCACAUGGCAGGAAGUGAUGAUUGGCUUUGAGAGCUCCCUCCUCAUGUUCCCCAUCAACCUGCUCAUUGUGCAGAUCUUCAGGAACGUACGACCCCGGCCAGCCAUGCAGGGAAGAGAGAAAAAGCUGGGAAAGAAUGGACGGGUGUCCCCAAGCCUACCUCCCACCCCACAGGUCAACCCGGCUGGCUGGCUCACUCCAGAGGCUGUGAUGAAGGACAUAAGAAGAAUUGCCAACUCACUCUGUAAAGCCCUGAAGGCUCCAUCUCUCACUUCAGUAUCAGAUCUUGGAAAAUCAACUAACAUCAACACACUUUUGGCAUUGGUUGAGGACAUCAUCUGCCAGCAGAACAGAGCUAGGCAAGAGUUUUAUGAUGAGAGCAAGAAGGAUGACCCUAUAAUUGUCACAUUAGGUGCUAUGGAUGUACAAGAGAAAACAAGAAGCCGAACUCCAGAGAAGGGAAUGUGUGAGCAACUGAAAUCCAGUGGUUACAGCCACUGCUUGUACAUGCAACUCCAGCAUGUAGAGAUGGAGCUGGAAUUACUGGGGGCCCAUAAAUUUCAGAUGCCUCAGAGUUACACACAAGCUGUUCAUCAGGUUCAGCACAUGAAGAACCUCCUGGAGAGCCAGAUCUGCUCAUCAGCUCCAAGCUCCUCCAGUGAUGGCAAGAAAAGUUCUUCUUCCAAAGGGCUGCCCUGGUGGUUUGUGUUCAUUGCUUGGUUCCUUGUUGCAGCCACCAGUGGUGUAUCUGGGUUCUUUACCAUGCUCUAUGGGCUGCAUUAUGGCAAGGAGAACUCCAUCAAAUGGCUGAUCUCCAUGGCCAUCUCCUUCUUGGAAAGUCUUUUCAUCACACAGCCCUUAAAGGUGCUGGGAUUUGCUGCUUUCUUUGCUCUGGUUCUGAAGAAGGUGGAACAUGAGGAUGAAGAAAACACAGCUAUUGAUGGGCCUUUAGCUGCACCAGGGGAUUCACACCCUCUCUUUGGAGCCCGACGGGACAGCAGAAGCAAUAUUUACCUGCCACCUCCUGUGGCUGAUGUGGAGAAAAUGAAAAUCAGCUGCAUGAAGGAGCAGAAAGCAUUUGCCCUCAUCAGAGAAAUUCUAGCCUAUCUGGGGUUUUUAUGGAUGCUGUUACUGGUUGCCUAUGGGCAAAGAGAUCCCAAUUCCUACUACUUAAACAAACACAUUGAGAACAGCUUUACAGAUGGAUUCCAUGAUGUCUACAGUUAUCAGGAUUUUUUCACAUGGGCAAACACUACCUUGGUCAAAAAUCUUUAUGGAUCAUAUAAAGGAUUCAUUACAGAUGGCAAUUCCAAGCUGGUGGGUAGCGCUCGAAUUCGCCAAGUAAGAGUGAAAGGAGACACCUGCCCUAUCUCUCCCAAACUCCAGCAUGUAAUUCAGGAAUGCCAUGCUCCAUAUUCCAUACAAACAGAAGAUACAUCAGUUUAUGGGGAGCGCUGGAACGCUUCAGUUUUUGAUAACUCCUCUGACUUGAGCUCAGCGUGGCAUUAUCAGAGUCAGUCCAAACUGAGAGGGCAGCCCACCUGGGGCAAACUUGCCAUCUACAGGGGAGGGGGAUACGUGAUUCACCUGGGAACUGAUCCUAAGAAUGCUUCCAGAAUUCUCCAGUACCUUUUCAACAACAUCUGGCUAGACACCUUCACAAGAGCAGUGUUUGUUGAAUUUACAGUCUACAAUGCCAAUGUGAACCUGUUCUGCAUUGUAAGCCUGAUGUUUGAAACCAAUGCUUUAGGGGCCUUCUUCACAAGCGCAGAGCUGCAAAGUGUCCGGCUUUACCCAUACACCAACAGUCUCCACAUCUUUGUUGUUGCGGCAGAAGUAAUUUAUUUCCUCUUUAUUGUGUACUACAUGAUCGUACAGGGAAAACUGAUGAAGACUCAGAGAUGGAAAUACUACCAGAGCAAGUGGAAUCUGCUGGAGAUGGCCAUCAUACUGAUUAGCUGGAGUGCUCUGUCAGUAUUUGUGAAGCGGACAAUCCUUGGGACCCGAGACAUCAGCUACUACCAGGAACACAAAGAGGACUGCGUAAGCUUCAAUGAAACAGCAAGAGCCGAUGCAAUUCUUGGCUACCUGAUUGCAUUCCUAGUGCUUCUCUCCACAGUGAAACUGUGGCAUCUCCUGAGGCUCAACCCUAAGCUAAACAUGAUCACUUCAACUCUAAGGAGGGCAUGGGGUGAUAUCUCUGGAUUCAUCACUGUUAUUGCAAUCAUGUUCCUCGCCUAUUCCAUUGCUACAAACUUAAUAUUUGGCUGGAAGCUCUCCUCUUACAAAACUCUCUUUGAUUCAGCAGAGACCAUGGUCAGUCUUCAGCUGGGAAUCUUCAACUAUGAGGAGGUCUUGGACUACAAUCCAGUUUUAGGCUCCUUCUUAAUUGGAUCCUGCAUAAUUUUCAUGACAUUUGUGGUAUUGAAUCUGUUCAUUUCGGUGAUUCUGGUUGCUUUCAGUGAGGAGCAGAAGCACUACCAGGCUUCAGAAGAAGAGGAGAUUGUUGAUCUAAUGCUAAUGAAACUUUUCAGUUUCUUCGGGAUUAAAUGCAAGAAGGAAGAGACGCCAGUCACAACCAACUGGAACAACCUGCCAAUGAUUAAAUAA